UCGUCGCCGACGCCAUUUUGUUCGACUUUAAAUUCAUUCAUUUAUAGAUGGAACUUGGAAAAAAAAGGUAUAAGGGUGGUCGGACACCUUCAAUAAGGUCCAGUGAAAGGCGACGCCCUCAAAGUAUUUCAUCAUUAUCCACAUUAUCUCCGAGAGUUGUAUUGUCCAGAUUGGAACCUAGGGAUUUUGAGCGUCUUCGACUAUCCUACAAAGUUGCAAUCGACCAAAGAAGAUCAAGAAGCUGCCGUGGCAUGAACAUGGGUCAAAAAAUUAGUGGUGGAGUUAAAACAGUUAGUCGUAAUGAUUCACAGGCUACUUUUAAACCAAUUAUACCAAGGGAGCUACAAGCUGAUUUUUUAAAACCAGCGCGCAUUGAUAUUUUGCUUGAUAUGCCACCAGCGAUUCGAGAGCUUCAACUGAAACAUUCUUGGAACUCGGAAGACAGGUCGUUAAACAUAUUUGUGAAAGAAGACGACAAGUUGACGUUUCACAGGCAUCCAGUCGCCCAGAGUACAGAUUGCAUUCGUGGAAAAGUCGGCCUCACAAAGGGAUUGCACAUUUGGGAAAUUUAUUGGCCAACAAGACAAAGAGGAACACAUGCAGUUGUUGGCGUGUCCACUGCUGACGCACCCCUACACUCAGUUGGAUAUCAAAGUUUAGUUGGAUCUACUGAACAGAGCUGGGGCUGGGACUUAGGUAGAAACAAAUUGUACCACGAUUCAAAAAAUUGUGCUGGUGUCACAUAUCCAGCCAUUUUGAAAAACGACGAAGCUUUUUUGGUUCCAGACAAGUUCUUAGUAGCCUUAGAUAUGGAUGAAGGAACCUUGAGUUUUAUUGUUGAUCAGCAAUAUCUAGGUAUUGCGUUUAGAGGGCUGAAAGGAAAAAAGCUGUAUCCAGUUGUUUCAGCGGUUUGGGGACACUGCGAGAUUACUAUGCGCUAUAUAGGCGGAUUAGAUCCUGAACCCUUGCCCCUAAUGGAUCUUUGCCGAAGGACUAUUCGACAAAAAAUUGGACGCGCAAACUUGGAAGAACGUAUACAACAACUUCAACUUCCACUGUCGAUGAAAACUUAUUUAUUGUAUAAAAACCGUAGAUAAUAUUUUUGAUAAGUAAAAAGUGUACCAAUUUUAAUUUUUGCUGCAUGUGAUGAAAGCAGUAAAAAAACCAAUUAAGUUAGUUUAUAAUAGUCUUAGAUCAAUGUUAGUUUUUCUGUCUUCUACCAGAAAACGUAAAAGAUAUAAAAUAUAUUAAUACUUGAAUUUAGGUUUAAAAGGUUUAUUGUAUAUUAAGUCGCAUGCAAUUAACCGUAUUUAUAGAAAACGACAUCUCAUUUUGCAAUAAAUUGAGGAAACGUACGUUCUUCAUUUAAUACUUAUAUUCCUAAAAAUAAAAAAAUUAAGUGUACUCCCCGCGGUAUUUAUAUAAAAUAUAUUUGUAAAAUACAUUACACGCAAAUAUACCAAUUUUAAGUAUA